GUUCACAAUGUACCAGAGUCCGACUGCUGCUCUCAGCUUCAGGGCAAAUCUGGCCAAUAGUCUGGAGGACGCAGACUAUGAAAAGCUGCUGAAGACAGCAAAGACCGGCCUCCAACCCUUGCUGAAGACAGCAAAGACCGGCCUCCAACCCUUGCUGAAGACAGCAAAGACCGGCCUCCCGCCCAUACACAGACCCCAUGUUGUGAUAGUUGGAGCUGGCAUGGCUGGACUGACGGCGGCAUGGCUGCUGCAGGACGCAGGACUCAAGGUGACCAUAUUAGAAGCUAGUGGUCGUGUGGGAGGACGAGUGGAGACCUACAGGAAUGAGGAAGAUGGCUGGUACAUUGAAUUGGGAGCAAUGAGGAUCCCAAAAUCUCAUGAAAUCGUCCGCUCCUCGGUGGAAUUUCUCGGACUCGAGCUACAUGAAUUCAUCAUGACUCACCCCAACACCUUCUACCUGGUCAAUGGGAUAAAAAAACGACUAUUUGAAGUGAACAGAGACCCUGACAUCCUGGGGUAUAGCCUGGAGUUUUACGAGAGAGGGAGGUCGGCCGACCAGUUGCUACAACAAGCUUUGGAGAAGGUGAAUGACUAUAUAGCGAAACAUGGCUGGUCUGAAGCUCUUAAGAAGUACGACCAUUACACUGUGAAGGAAUAUCUGAGAACGGAAGGUGGUUUGAGCGCAGAAGCCGUGAGGAUGAUCGGAGACUUGCUCAACGAAGAGAGCAUCAUGGACAUGGCUCUGACUGAGAUGAUGUACCUCAACAGCGAAAUCAACGACUUCACAGAGUACGAUGAAAUAACAGGUGGGUUCGAUCUUCUCCCCAACGCUUUACACAAAACACUAGAGGCCCCUGCUCUCCUGAACUCCAAGGUGAAGCUUAUCAGUCGGUCAGAUACAGGUGUCGUCAUAUCGUACAAGAAAGACGAAGAAUCCUCUCUGACCGACCUUGAGGCUGACGCAGUCCUGGUAACCACCACAGCCAAAGCAGCCCUGUUCAUUGAAUUUGAGCCACCUCUCCCCAUUGACAAGAUGGAGGCCCUGAGGUCGGUCCACUAUGGCAGCUCCACAAAAAUCAUCCUCACCUUCAGUGAGAAGUUCUGGGAGAGGGACGGCAUCGAAGGAGGGAAGAGCAUCACCGACAGGCCCUCUCGCUUUAUCUACUAUCCCAGCCACGGUUUCCAAAACAAAGACAUAGGCGUCCUCCUGGCCUCCUACACCUGGGCUGACGAAUCGCUUCUCUUCCUGGGAGCGACUGACGAAGACCUGAAAGAGCUGGUUCUGAAAGAUUUAGCUGCGAUCCACGGCGAGUACGUCCGACAUCUCUGCACAGGGGUGGUGGUGAAGAAGUGGAGCUUGGAUCCCUACAGCCUGGGCGCCUUCGCUCUCUUCACACCCUACCAACACCUGGAGUACGCUAAGGAGCUCUUUAAAAGUGAAGGCAGGCUGCACUUUGCUGGUGAACACACCGGUUUCCCUCACGCCUGGAUCGAGACAGCUAUGAAAACUGGAAUCAGAGCUGCGAUCAACAUCUACAUGCAGCUGCUCGAUGUCUCCACCUAAACAAGAGACGAUC